CCGAUUUUGUUCACAGAUCAUUAAACGUCUGCAAAACGUCUGCAUAUUGUUCAACUCAUCACACCGUUCUGAUACUUGUCCUGCUGUUGCACCGGCAAGAUUGGUGGCGCGUACAUCAGCCACCCGCUUCCAGUCAUUCCCGUCGGCGUGUUACUUAAAUAGAAGGAUAUUGUUAAGGAGGUGUCAGAAAUGUCGAAGACACCUCUAAUAUUGGUUGCUCUAUUUGGCGGCGCUCUGGCUGCUCAACCGUCCGCCCCAGACCCGGUUGCAGCACCAUUACGUGAGCUACCAUGGGGCCAACUAAAUUUUCUUCACACUACUGAUAUCCAUGGUUGGUGGGGUGGUCAUUUACAAGAGGCUUCGUACUCAUCCGACUGGGGUGAUUAUAUAUCUUUUGCAAAACACCUUCGUGAUCGAGCUGAUGCCGAUGGAACCGAUUUAAUUCUCGUCGACACCGGUGAUAGGAUAGAAGGCAAUGCAAUAUACGACUCUUCAAAACCUCGUGGAAAAUUCACCUACGAGAUUGCUAAAGAGCAAACCAUCGACUUGAUAUGCUCGGGCAACCACGAACUAUACAAGGCCGAGUCAGCGGAUGGAGAGUUCUAUCAUACUGUUCCUGACUUCAAGGACAACUACUUAGCAUCUAACCUCGAUAUCAUCAAUCCCGAGACGGGGGGGCGACAACCACUGGCCCAACGCUACAAAAAGUUCACAACUAAGAACCAAGGCAUACGCAUAUUAGCUUUUGGCUUCAUUUUCGACUUCACCGGAAAUGACAAAAACACCUUUGUUCAACGCGUUGAAGACACUGUCAAAGAGGAGUGGUUCAGGGAAGCCAUCAAAGACAAGGAGGUCGACUUGAUUCUCGUGUAUGGACACGUUGAUAUCCGCAGCCAAGAAUACGCUCUACUAUACUCCACCAUCCGGGAUGCACACUGGGACACACCAAUCCAGUUCUUCGGAGGCCAUUCCCACAUUCGUGACUACCACAUUUUCGACUCUGGCUCCGUGGCACUGGAAAGCGGGCGAUACAUGGAAACACUAGGAUUCAUGUCAAUCUCAGGAAUCACCACAAGUCGUCACCAAAACCCUAACACCAACAGCAAGAAACGUACGCUCCAAUUCCAACGAAGAUACAUCGACAACAACCUCUUCUCCAUGCACCACCACAGCGGUAAAAAUGCUACCACCUUCCCCACUCAACAUGGUCUCAAUGUAUCCCUCGCCAUCGGCUCAGCACGCAAAUCCCUCUCCCUAAACCAUAUCUACGGCUGCGCGCCACGUGACCUCUUCGUCUCACGCAGACCAUACCCUCACAACGAAAGCAUCUUCACCUGGCUCGAAACAGAGCUCCUCCCGCAAUCUAUAAAAUCACGUGACCCUAGCAAAAAAGCCCUUGUCAUCAUGAACACAGGCGGGAUCCGCUUCGACGUGUUCAAAGGCCCCUUCACAAAAGACACAAAAUUCCUCGUAUCGCCUUUCACCAGCGGAAUCGCGUACCUCAAGGACGUGCCCUAUACAGCAGCAAAGCGCGUAAUCAAGCUCCUAAAUAACGCAGGACCGAUCCUAUCUUCCACGAAUGACGCCAACGCUACGUUUCUAUUGCCGCCUGAGCACGUGGCCGCUGCGCGGUACCGACCACAUCUCUUCGACUCCUCCCCCACCGAUCCAAGCGAGCACCCAAACCAGGACGGCAUGCUAGAUUUCGCGUCCGUGGAUCUGGGGACUCGCCAGCACCAAGGGAAUCAGCAACCUUUGCGCGACACCCACCAUCACCACGCGAGCACCGAGCCCCCACCGCUCAUCCCAGGCUACACCACUCACGACGACGCAGGGUCCGACGGCGACGAUACGAUCCACGCCCCGAUCCAGUUCUACAACGUGCCGAAUUGUAUCCAGGCCGCCGUCGGAUUUUCUCCUGCUUCCGUCUCCGGUUCUGGUUCUAGCUCUGAUUCGGCGGGGCCAGACAGCUGGGUAGAUGGCGCGGAGAUGGUGGAUGGAGACGAGUCCGAGCCAGAGGUUGUGGACAUCAUGUAUAACGAGUUCAUUGAGAAGUGGGUCUUACUUGCCCUCGCUUACCUGGGGGAAUCGUAUAGUGCCGAGGACUCGCAUUUAUAUGAAGACGGGAAGAGCUUUACAGAUAUUAUGACGGAUUGGGUGGAGGGGCAUUGGGGGGUUGAUGAUGUUGAUGAUGAUGGGGAGGCAGGGUGUCCUUCGUGA